AUGCAUAUUUCACUCCCAUCCCGUAAACACCCAGGCACAUAUGAAGACCCUUCUAUGAAUUUCGGACCAGCAGUGAGUAGUCCAAAUUUCGGCUUUAGCCCAAAAUGAGCCGGAUAGGUUCUAGGUUUUAGCUGCGCCGAUCUCUGCCUAAUGCUUUGUCCUUUAGCUUUUGAACUAACAUUUCUCGAAAGAGUCUAUUUAGGCUUAAUUUUUCUAAUUCCUUUUUCUUUUAGCUCUGUUUUCAGAAGAGGCGUUUCCAGUUGGAACGCUCGCUCGUUCUACGGGAAAGGAAACCAUGCUAUAGGAAAACCCUGUUUAAGAGAGCAAAUUCAAAAUAGAAAUGUGAUUUUGAAAUUGUUGAUUAAAUUUGGUACUGUGUUGUUGACAGCAUUGGAGUUUUGUGCUCUUUUUAAAAGGAAAAGCAACUUUACCUCAUUCUCUUUAGCCGCCGGUGCCGCUUCAUUAUCAUGA